AUGUCGCUAAGGGACAAUUUGAAAACCUUCGAAUUUCCUCUUAAAUCAUCUGACAAAAUCCAAGUUUAUAAGGGUAUUCACAUCAUCACCAACAAUGUUUCAGAGUCUCAACAUUCUGGCAUUCCCCAUCACCUUCUUGCCAUCAUUGACGACCCUGAUUACGACUCCACCAUUCAUGACUUCUGCAACCAUGUACUUCUCGCUCUUGAUACCAUCGUUCAAAACGGACACCUACCCAUUAUCGUGGGUGGCUCCAACACUUACCUCACACCCUUGCUUGAGGACCCUGACGUUGCUUUUCGUUCCAAAUAUAAUUGUUGUUUCAUCUGGGUCGAUGUGUUGUUACCAGUAUUGUUUCCGUAUCUGGACAAAAGGGUGGACAAAAUGGUUGAUGCAGGAGUUGUGGAUGAGAUUCGAGAAGCUUUUGUUGCUGGACCAGAUUGCAGUCGUGGAAUUAGAAGAGUCAUUGGGGUUCCUGAGCUUGAAGAAUUUUUCCUUCUGGAGAAACAAGUGGAAAUAACUGUUCACGGUGAUCGGCGACGAUGGAUUUGGAAAACGAGCGUUGUUCUCUUGCGAUGA